UCUGCACUUGGGCGUUGGACUCCGCAUCUUAUUAGCAACAAGGGAAAUUUCUCCAUUUUGCAGCCUGUCUACAGCGACACGGCCACCGGACUGGGAUUUUAUUACUUCUCCUCACCUGCCAGCGUUUUCCUGCUAUUUAAAAAAAAAAAAAAAAAUCCUCCUCACUCAUAACUGGACUUUGCUUUAUAUUUUCCCUGUGAACUUUUUUCUUUGUGCACACACAGAGAGAGAGAGAGAGUGAGAGAGAGAGAGAGAGUGAGAGAGAAAGGGGGACAUCAGCGAAGAGCUUUUGCGUUUCAACAAAGAGGCUUGUGGGUCUUUGUUCGGGUUUUUUUUUUUGUGGAUCAGUUGAGUUUCUUUGUUGGAGCAGAAAAGCAUGGGAGCGCAAUUGUCCAAGACAGCUGGAAAGGCUGAAACCGCGGCGGAGAAGCCGGGAGAGGCUGUUGCUUCACCCACCAAGACCAACGGACAGGAAAAUGGUCACGUCAAAGCGAACGGGGAUGCCUCUCCUGCGGCGGCCGAGAACGGCAAAGAGGAGGUGCAGGCCAACGGCAGCGCCACAGCCGAGGAGACCCCCAAGGAGGAGGCCGAGAAGGCCGAAGCUGCCCCCGCUGAGGCAGAGGCCGCAAACGGGGAGAAGGUAGAGGAAGCAGCUCCUGCUCCCGCCGAGGGAGAGGCGGCCAAGGCAGAGGACGGCGCUGCACCUUCCACCAGCAACGAGACCCCCAAGAAGAAGAAGAAGAGGUUCUCCUUCAAGAAGUCCUUCAAGCUCAGUGGCUUCUCUUUCAAGAAGACCAAAAAGGAGACAGGAGAGGGGGCUGAGGGCGAGGAGGCGGCUGCUGCAGCGGCGUCCACAGAGGAGGCCAAGGCGGAGGGCACAGAGGAAGUGGAGGCUGCUACUGAGGAGGCCAAGCCCGCCGCUGAGGGGGAGGCCGCACCUGCUGCAGAGCAGGCCAAGGAGGAGGUAGAGGCCAAGCCAGAGGAGGCGGCAGCACCAGCAGCAGCAGCACCAGCAGAGAAACCUGCUGAGGAGGCCAAGGAGGCCGCUCCCGCCGAGGAGCCAAAGCCGGAGGAGAAACCGGCUGAGCCCGCCGCCGAGGAGGCGCCCAAAACAGAGGAGGCCGCCCCGGCCUCACAGGAAGCAGCAUCAGCAGAGGCUCCGGCUGCUGCUGCUGCGGCUGCCGAGGCCACCGAAUAAGUUUGGAGAGAAGAAGAAAUCGAAAAAAAAAAAAAGGAGAAAAAAGAUAAUCAAAGAACAUUUCCCUGUUUGUAUGUUGGAGUGACGCCAGGUCCUGGCUUUGAAGAACUUGUCGACAACCAGGGAUAUUUUAAAGCUUUUCUUUAUUUUUUGGUUUCCAUUUCCCCCCCUCUCACACAAAACCCAUCUCAGUCCAUCCCCAUGGGCCUGGAAGGUGGGUGGCUUCAAUAUGUACAACAGAUUACAUACACCCACACUCUGCCAUAUAUUUUUUCAUCAGUAUUAAGUUUUUUUUUUUUUUUUUUGAAUUUCUUUUGAAUUUUUAUACAAAAUGUAAACAAAAUGGUAUGGACAUGCCCACGGUAUGAAGGAGACGGAGGGGUUGAGCUGUAAAUGAAGGGAGGGAGGUGAGGGCAGGGGGGGAGGUGAGGGAAGGGGGGCCUGGGAAAUGUGCCGAAGACUAUUGUGAAAAGAGUAGUCUUAAAAAAAAAAAGAAAAAAGUAAGAGACCAACAUCUAUAAACACCAUGCGGUUUACAACACUAAGUCAUUUUUACGAUAAGACGACAAAAAGGAUCCCAGAGUUAGGUUUUUUUUUUUAGGAAGUCAUAUAAACUCAUAGGAGCGUUUCACUUCUCAUUAGCUGUACCAGUCAGUGAUUCAGUAGAAAAUACAAGUUGUAUAGGCUUUAUUGUUUAUUGUUGGUUUUAUGACCUUAAUAAAAAAAAAAAAAUGUAAGUAUGUAUAGGCGGGGUGUUUUUAACUGUGAUUAUUGUACAAAAUGAAAUCUUUGAUCUCAAGAAGCACAUGAAGUUUGCAGCUCUUUUUUCCACCCGCUCAUUUUUGUAAGAUAACAACAACAACAACAACAACAACAACAACACACACGCAAAAAAAAAGAGAAGAAGAAGAAGAAUUCAUCCUGGAAGACCUUCGUAAGCAAUUUUUUUGAACUCAAAAACCAAGCUGUGAUAAGUGGAAUGGUUAACUGUUUAUAUACUGUGGUAUGUUUUUUUGAUUACAGCAGGCAAUGCUUUUUCAGUGGUCUUUGACAAAAAUUUAAGGAACCUAUCAGAUGCAAAUGUUUGUGUAGCAUCUUGUCUCUCUCUCUCUCUUUCUCUCUUUUUCUUUUGUAAAUACUGGAGAAGCUUUGACCAAUUUGACUUAGAGAUGGAAUGUAACUUUGCUUACAACAAAAUGCUAUUAAACUCCUCUGCUUAAGGUGUUCUAAUUUUCUGUGAGCACACUAAAAGCAAAAAUAAAUGUGAAUAAAAUUUGA